AUGUAUACUUCCAUCGUCGCCUGCCCAUCGCUCCACCCUUCCUCGUUUCCAGCCCGACCGUCGGACCGUCACGCCGGACCGCACCUUCCGAAUCGGCAGAGAUCGAUCGAAGUCGCGGCAGGGAGGGACGGCUACGGAUGGGACUACAGCGGCGGCGGCGGGCUUGUCGACGAGAAUAUGAUCGUGCUCAGGAAGAGGAUCCACGAGAUGAAGAUGGCCGAGAGGAAUUAUGAGGCGCCGUCGGAAUGGAUGGACUGGGAGAAGCGCUACUACGCCAGAUACCACGCCGACGUCUCCGACAUCCUGUGCUUGUUGCAGACCCUACUGAUGAACACAAGGCCUAGCGUCGCCAUCGGAUUGAUGGCGGUGCUUGCGUUGAGCGUUCCGACGUCGGCGAUCUUGAUCUUGUUCCAUCUGAUCCAGGCCUCGAAGUGGAUUCUGGCCGGAAUGCAUCUCGGUUGA